CAUGUUUCAGAGUUGAACACUGAGCAGCCUGUAGAGAUCAAACAGUUUAAAAUAGAAAACCCUCCACUCUAAACUGCUUUUCUUGGAGCAGAAAUAGCAGCCCUUUUCGAAGCAACAAGAUUGAAGAGCACUGAGUCACAGACUUUUUUUUUUAUCAACUUAUAUCUCCUUUUCAAAAUGUGACAUUUGCAUUUUGUUACUUUUGGUCUAACACACAAAAAAACUGGAUCAUUCCAGAUCUUGCUGAACUUAUAAUUUAUGUAUCCAGGUCGGUACUCUACAGUAUUGAACUCCUACUGGGUUACUUCUGUACAGAAUGGACUGUUGGAUUUAUAGUCGGCUGAAAAGGAUUGAUUCUUCUGGACUGCAGCUCAAGUAAUCUGUUGUUGGUGGAAUUUCAUAGAGGAGUAUAAAGAUUCCUGUGUUAUCAUUCUGAGCGGCUCCUUAAUAACUUUUUGUGCUUUAUUUUGUUCUACUGUGGGUUGAAUCAGAAACAUUUAGAAAAACAUCUCCUUUAUGGCAAUUUGUAAGGAUACCCUGAAGAACUGAGUUCAAGUAAUUGACACAACUCAAAUUGGCUUGCUGCAAAGAUCCUAACUUCUCAUGUAGGUUUAUUAUUUAGCUGGGAUAUACAUUUCAUUUAAGGUUAAUAUCUGAGAAAAGAUUUAAAACUAUAAGAGAUGAAUAGACUGAUGUGGUGUUUGUCACUGGUGUUGAUCUAUUUCAUCCUGGGGCUGAAGUUUUGUGGGGGAUGGGUGCAGUGGGUUUUGACUGUUCUCAGGAGCUUCCUGUUCAGUUCAGUCACUUCAGGAAAUGACAGCAAAGUCAGCAGAGUGGUGGAAUCCUGGGAGAGAGACCCCGCCUCAAGAAUCUACUCAUGUGGAGAAGAGGAUGCUUUGGUCACAGUACAGACAAGCACACACUGUUUUCAGGUGGAUCUCGGAAAGCUAUCAGAAUGCAGCGAGUACUUCAGGGCCCUGUCUCACUCCCGAAUGAAGGAGACUACAGAGAACCUCAUCCACCUGGACCACAUUUCUUCUAGAGCCUUCCGCAAUCUCCUCGAGUUUACCUUCCGGCAGCCCUGGGAGGUCCCUGAAGAAGAGCUCCGGGAGCACAUUCAGGUGGGCAGCUACCUGUUGGCACAUCCCUUCCUAGCCAGAUGCCUGGCCUUACUUAGGAAGGUCUUGACCCCUCAGAAUUGCCAAUCCUACCUGGACUUUGCCAAAUCAAUUUUCUGUGAGGAGAUGCUGAGUACAGUGUACUGCUACCUGAGCACACGCCUGCUAGAAAUGCCUCAACUCUAUGGCAGCCUGGAACCAGCAGAAAGAGAGAGAAUAAUUGAACUGAGAUCAGAGGGCAGCCACCAGCUGUGUGCCUUGAAGAAAGAAAACCUUUGUGCAGGGCGUGACUCUCAAACCGAUGAAGCUCGCUAUCUGUACCGUUUUUUAGGUGCAGAAGACAGCGGUGACUGGUGCCAGGGAUCAAAACUUCCCUUUCUCGCAGAUAAAUGGAGCUUCAGCACUGCUGUGUUGUAUAAUUACUUGUUUGUUAUAGGGGGUUACAGGCACAAGGUGAAGAAGGGAUUUGAGUUCCGGAUGGCCUCCUUUCGAUAUAACCCCUUCACAGACUGCUGGGAUUCUGUGGCACAUUUGAUUAAGCGCAGGCGUCACUUCAGCACUGCAGUUUGUGAGGGGGCUAUCUUCGCAGUCGGAGGAUGGUAUCUAGAUAAUCUUUUGGCUCCUGACUCCAGCACUGCCCUCUACACCGCAGUGGAGCGAUAUGACCCAUGGACCGACACUUGGGCUUUUGUGUCUUCUCUGCCCCUGACCGACUUCUUAUUCACUGUAUCCCUUUCCCAUGAUAUUCCGCUGACAACUGUCCUGCGUGACUGUAUCUAUGUGCUCGGGACCAUCCAAAAAACAGGAGAGAAGCUCAUACUGCAGUACAAUGUGAAACAAGAUUCCUGGUCAGAGCUGCUUCCCACGCUUACUUGUGCUGAUGCAGAUAUUCCCAGUCUCUACUUCUUCUGCUCAGUAGACAGGCUUUAUUUGAUUGGAGGGAAUAACAAUGAGAAUGUGGUGACCUCAUUCUGUGUGGAGAGUCAGAAGUGGGGCAAGGUCAGGGCCACACAGAAAAUGGCGCUUGCUGGGCAGGGCACUAUACUCAAUAACAAAGUGUACAUGCCAGCAGCAGAGCAGAGCACUGUUAUCAGCAUGGAUCUCCACUCCUUAUCCACACAGAUAUUACCUCCUCUCCCCAUCUCCACUUCAUAUGAGGCUCUUUUUCACCUUUAUUUCAAAGAGUUUGAUAACGAAUCAUCCCUUUAAUAGAGAAUAAUCUGACACUGCAUUAUUAGUUUUAUUAAUGACUCAGAUAAUUCAGUAAUAGUGCAUUGUAAUUUCAGUCUUCUCAUUGUAGCUAUUGAUUUUUUUUCUUUCAACGAUUUUAAAUCUGCCUCUCAAAAUGUCCUUGAAAAUUAAUGAUUAAUGGUGUUUUUCUUUUAUAAAUUAUAAUUCAGGGUGUGUACAAAGUACAUUGAGACAGUUCUGAAGAUUGAUAAUGUGUUAUUAGUAUUAGUAAUAAUAAUAAUAAUAAUAAUAAUAAUAAUAAUAAUAAUAAUAAUAAUAAUAAUAGCUUCUGGAGAAAAGUAUUGCAAAGGGUUGUAGUUUUAAGUGAUCUCACUAGCUUUUCCAUUGUAAAAUAACUUAUAAUGGAUAGUUUGACAGUUGUAAAGAUGCUGAAAAAAACAGAUUCAGGUGGUCCCACAGCAUUUAUGUAUCUAAAAUAUACUCUAACAGUUUGUUUAAUUAUAUCACAAGUAUUUACCUAUUUUAUUUUUCUACUAAACCAUAUGUAAAACAUUUUACCAUCUUAUGUUUAAAGUAGAAAGAAAGUUGAAAUAAAAUAUUUUUUGAAAAUAAAA